GCCAUGGUAGCCUCGACCAGCCCCGCUCUGGAGCCGAUCCCCCUCCUCCCGCCUCCCGACGCCGGAACUCACUUCCCCGGCGUCCCCGUCGUGGACCUCUCUCAUCCCGGCGCCGGGGAAUCCAUCGUGGCCGCGUGCCAAGACUUCGGCUUCUUCAAGCUCACCGGCCAUGGCAUUCCUUUGCAUCUCAUGCAACGUCUGGAGUCUGCUACGCUCGAGUUCUUCCACUCCCCGCAGGCUGAAAAGGAGAAGGCUAACACCGCCGACCCCUUCGGCUAUGGCAACAAGCGAAUUGGGCCCAACGGCGACGUCGGUUGGCUGGAGUACCUCCUCUUCCCCGUCGCCGGAGACGACCCCUUCUCUCGCGCUCCCAUGGCCACCUCCUCUUUCCGCUCUGCUUUGGCGGAGUACUUGCGGAGAGUGAAAGAACUAGCUCGCGAGGUGCUGGAAUUAAUGGCGGAGGGACUAAAUUGCAAAGAAAGGAAGAUUUUCAGUAACCUGGUGAUGGGCGAGCAAAGCGAAGGAAUCAUCAGGCUCAAUCACUACCCGGAGUUUCCACAACCGGAGAAGCAGCUCGAUCGUAGCUUGACAGGGUUCGGAGAACACACGGACCCGCAAGUGAUCUCUGUUCUUCGGUCCAACGACAGCGCAGGGCUACAGAUCGCCCUCAAGGACGGGAGCUGGGUCUCCGUCCCGCCGGACCACCAGUCCUUCUUCAUUAUCGUCGGCGACUCUCUUCAGGUGCUGACGAACGGGAGGCUACGGAGCGUGAGGCACAGGGUGAUGGCCAACGGCGUGAAGUGUCGAGUGUCGAUGAUCUACUUCUUGGGGGUUGCUCCGGGAGAGAAGAUUGCGCCAUUGGGGGAGGUGAUGGAGGAGGGGGAGCAGAGCAAGUACAGGGAGUUCACGUGGAACCAGUAUAAGAAGGCUGCAUGCAGAACGAGGCUGGGGGACGACAGGCUAGGCCAGUUCGAGAAGUAG